CACUACAGUACGCUCUCAUUCAUUUACUUCUUGGCAUAGGCGGUGGGAACCCUGUAAAAGAUCUUUCCGUUGAGAUCGGACAGCAAACUUAAAGCUUAAGUGUUACUAGGGCACAGACAUUGCUGUCUUGAAACGGUACUAUAUUUAGGAAGUAACGGCAGCUUUGGGCUGCCAAAAUGGCUGAGUCGCAGUAUUCAUUCUCCCUCACGACUUUUAGCCCAAGUGGGAAGUUAGUACAGAUUGAGUAUGCACUCAAUGCCGUGGCCGCUGGUGCGACGUCGCUUGGCAUCAGUGCGACAGAUGGUGUCGUCAUCGCUACAGAGAAGAAGCUGCCGUCGGCGCUGGUAGAUGAGACAACAGUGCAGAAGAUCAUGACUAUCACGCCAAGCAUCGGCGUAGUAUACAGCGGCAUGGGGCCAGACUUUCGUGUGCUGGUACGGCGCGCACGGAAGACAGCACAGGCCUAUUACCAAACGUAUAAGGAGCACAUUCCGGUGGCACAGCUCGUGCGGGAGACCGCUGCUGUAAUGCAAGAAUUCACACAAACGGGCGGUGUACGGCCUUUUGGCGUGUCGCUGAUGAUGGCCGGGUACGACGACAACGGGCCGCAGCUGUACCAGAUCGACCCAUCAGGCUCGUACUUUGCCUGGAAGGCGUCUGCCAUCGGCAAAAACAUGACCAACGCCAAAGCGUUCCUGGAGAAGCGCUACAGCGAAGAGGUGGGUAUCGAGGACGCCGUCCACACGGCCCUGCUGACGCUGAAGGAGGGCUUCGAGGGGCAGCUCAGCGGCUCCAACAUUGAGGUCGGAGUCGUGGGGCCGGACCGUAGCUUCAAGGUUCUCACAGAGGCCGAGGUCAACGAUUACUUGCAGGAGGUGGAGUGAUGCGGAUGCUGGCGCUUGCAGUGGUGGUGCUUGUGGGGGUGGGGGCGGCAGAUUGAUAGCGGUAGCGCGCGGCUACUGCUGCUGCUGUUGCUGGUGUUGGUUUGAGUAGUGACGGCUGGCGAAGUACACAUCAAUGAUCGGUUUGUGAUGAUAAGUACUACUCGCUUCCAGGCGGACCCAGCUCUGGGCUGCGACCGACUGACUCCAGGCUGAGAGGCUGUUCGGAAGGAAAUCUGCUCUCUGGGACUGGCAACGAAAAGAUAAAAAAAAGUCGUGAUGGCAGAUGCGAAAGGCAUGGACUUGGCUGUGGUUUGUUCAAAGUGAAGCAAAGGCGCGUGGCUGCGUUUGCCGCCUCAAUCCUCUGUGUAGGCAGGCAGGGAUUUUGGGCUACUGGGCAACUCACAUCGCUUGUGUUGGUCUUCAGCUGUGGAGCUGAGCGGGAGGCGGGGGAUGUGCGUGUAAGGUCGGCAGGGUGGUCAUGUUCCGCAAAGUGCUGAUGACGAUGGGGACCGGCAGGCGGCAACCAGAUUUCUGUGCGCCAGCACUUUUUUUGACUGGUAGUUUGCAAGCUAUCCUAGCUCU